UGAAAUGUUCCUGUUGGGCAGCUGCUGCCUUUGCUUCCUGUUUACUAGGUUGUAAAACUGCCAUCAAAACUACGACAGUGAACUCCUUAUCUUGUGCAGGAGGUGACACGCUCCGUUAUAAUUUAUACUGGGGCCGAUGGCAGCAUGACACUUCAAAAGCGUUUUUGGUGAAUAAAAUAUAUAUACACCAUUGACUUAUGGCAGGAAUAUGAAAAUAAACAAUGUGGUGUAGGACGAUUUAAACUUCUCUCAACGAAGUGUUCUGAAUAAUCUUGGAAUCAGCAAAUUUAAAAAGAAAAGAAGAAAUAGUUUGUUUUUUUUUAUCCACGUUUGUAUUUUUUUUCGGUGUUUUUACAAAAAUACUAAGCUAGUAAAUAUUUUUGUUUCUUUACUGAACUGUUUUGCAUUACAAAGAUAAAUAAUAAAGUUGGCCAACAAUAGGAUUCUACAACUUCAUAGAUAGUAUUCUAGCAAAAUUCUUAUUUGUUUUCCAAGUGUAAAAGAAUGGAUCAGUAUGAUGAAUUAGGGUUGGAAGCAAGCAAAUUCAUUCAGGACCUGACUUUAUAUGAAGCCUCCAAAGAUGGGCUUUUUCGUGUGGAUAAAGGAGUUACCAAUAAGCCUGAAUUUGAAAUGACUCGAAAAGUUUUUGCUGCAAAGAUGGCAAAAAUACAUCUUCAGCAUGAGCAAGAACAUGAUUUGAACUCAAAUUAUGGCUCUGCAAAUGGUGGGAACAGUGGAGUCAAGCAGUUUGGAUAUUCACUACCUAAAGUAUCUGAAGAGCUGGAGAGUGCUCAGCCUGAACAUGGCGUCAAAAGUUCACUCAAUUAUUUUGGUACAUCACUUCCUCCGGCAAAUGCUGUAGACAUUUCUGCUCUGUCAUUUGCUAGUCACCAACACCAUCCAUCUGAUAUUAAACCAUCCCAUGACCAUAACAGAUCCAGCCUUGGGCCUGCUAGAGACUCUUCGUUUCCUGAAAGACGAUAUUCAGGGGAAACUUUAAGUGGCCGCCCUAACAGAGUAGGACAGAUUUUUCAUUCACAACAAUAUGGGUACGAUAAUUCUUUGCAAUCAAGCAAUCAAAGCUUAAAAACUGGGGUUGCAAAGCAUGUUGAUAAUGAUAACCGAACAGUAAAUACGCAGCCUAACACUGCGUCUUUUCAUCCAUCUCUAGAAAACUAUGAGUCUUUUAUGAACCCUAGAAAGUCUGCUGAAAAUGAGCAUGGUACACAUAUAACUGAUAUACAAUCAAGUAGGUACUAUGAUCACUUUCCAUCUACUUCUUGUCGUACUUUUACUCCAGUGACAUCCUCUUUUGGAGAAGACAUAUCGAAUGAUUUUGUGCAACAUAGAUCUUCUUCCUUUUCAGCACCAAAAAGCACUUCUUUGGAGAGAGUGUCAAGCCAAUUAAAUCACCUUGAAUCAAAAGCUGAAAUGAAUGAAUUUAAUAAUAGGGGGAGUAGACGUGAAAGUGAUCCUAAUCCAGGUUCCAGGCCAUCUCUUUCUGGUUCCAUACCAUCUUAUCCCCCACAGUCAAAUACUCACUGCUCUGGUACCAUAAACGAGUGUCAGGCCCUUUCAGAUAACUGGAUUCAGACAGAAUCAGAUGAAACUGGACAUGCAAAUGUGUUACAAGACAAGUCCACUCACAUAAAAGUAAAGCUGCCUUGUCAAGCCCUCUCGCAACCUUUGAAACCAGGUUCAUCUACAGCAGAAAAGAAAUUAGAUGCUCUUACAAGACAUCUGGAACAUGAAAUGGAUGCACAUCCUAAGGCUGAUUAUUUUGGAACUUGUGUAAAAUGCAAAAAAGGUGUUUAUGGUGCUCUUCAAGCUUGUCAAGCGAUGGGAAACCUCUACCACGAUGGAUGUUUUACCUGCAGUGCCUGCAGUAGAAAACUCAGAGGAAAGGCUUUCUAUUUUGUUAGUGGAAAAGUAUUCUGCGAGGAAGACUUUUUGUAUUCUGGGUUUCAUCAGUCUGCGGACAAAUGCAAUGUAUGUGAUCACUUGAUCAUGGAUAUGAUCCUGCAAGCCUUAGGAAAAUCAUACCAUCCUGGUUGCUUCAGAUGUGUGGUUUGCAAUGAGUGCCUUGAUGGAGUUCCUUUUACUGUGGAUGCAGCAAAUAAGAUCUACUGUGUGAGAGAUUAUCACAAGGUCCUGGCUCCAAAAUGUGCUACGUGUGGCCUCGCAAUUCUGCCACCAGAGGGUACAGAUGAAACCAUUCGAGUAGUAUCUAUGGAUAAAGAUUAUCAUAUAGAAUGUUACCGUUGUGAGGAUUGUGGACUUGAACUUAACGAUGAGGAGGGACAUCGGUGUUACCCACUAGAUAACCAUUUGCUUUGUCAUAAUUGUCAUCUCCAACACCUUGAGAAAGACCUUCAGCCAUCAAAUAACUACUCUCACUUAUAAUCUUAAUCAUGGCAUAUGUUAGAGAGAUCUAUGUAGCACAUAGAAAAAGCUCGGGCCAAAACAAAUGAAGUCAAAUUUGUCUGCACAGAAUCAUUUGACACUUUUUUUUUUUAAAGUGAUAGUAAACUUUCCCCUUUGUAUAAAGAGAUCUAGAAUGUUUUCAAUAUUUUAGAUGGCGUUUAUUCAUCAGUUGUAAUGAAUAUGCGCUUUAACUUACUUUUCUCCAACA